CCGUCAUCUAUUCCUGAUUCAUUCCGAACUCUUACUCUUUUUCUUCACGAUUUGUGCAUUUCGUCCUCUUCCCCGGCUGCUAGAAGCUCCUUUCCAGUCGUUACACUUUUCCACUCGAGCAAUCUUCAACAGCGCCCUUCCUGUAGACGCCAUAGUGCUCCAUCCAUAUCCGUCCUGCAGAGAGAACGCCAAGAGCGCGUGUUUAUUGAAUCACGACCGCAAACCCUUCGUCAAACGACUGGUGCCACAUCAUACGCAAGAGGGACAAUUAUAGCCAGCAUCCGUCGGCGAUAUUCUCGGCCCAAUGGGUCAGAACGACUGACCAUCAUACGAGACUGCCGCCAUGUCUGAAAAAGACUCCAAAGCCGACGAAGCAGAAGACCUAAACCGUCCGGUCAGCGUCGAACUGCCUGCUCCGGAGAUACCACCCAAUGAUGAAGUCGACCAUCAGAUUCCGGAUGGAGGCUACGGCUGGGUCAUCGUCGGUGCCGUGUUCACUAUCAAUGCCUUCACAUGGGGCGUCCUGGCGUCCUAUGGCGUCUACCUCGCGUACUACCUGUCCUCGAACCACUUCUCUUCCGCGACGUCCCUUGACUAUGCUUUCAUCGGCGGGAUCAAUUUCGGACUAUCAAUGCUCGUCGCAUCCCCAGUAACUUACCUCGUCCGCACUCUCGGCACGCACCCCGUAAUGUUCCUUGGCGUGGCGCUGCAAACUAGCGGCUUCAUUGCAGCGAGCUUCGCCACGCACAUCUGGCAGCUCUAUCUAAGCCAAGGCGCGUGUGUAGGAAUAGGAGUCGGCUUCUUAUUUAUCCCUAGCGUGGCGAUUACAAGCCAGUGGUUCGACAAAAAGCGUAGUCUCGCCAAUUCGAUCAACAGUGCCGGUUCCGGCUUAGGGGGUGUCAUUGUGUCUUUUGCAACACAGCCAAUGAUCGACCGUAUUAGUCUGGCCUGGAGCCUGCGCAUCAUUGGCAUCCUAUCGGGAACGAUGAACAUCCUCGCAACCUGCCUCCUACGCAACCGGAACCACAUCGUCCGCCCGCCUAUGCACCCCUUCGAUGUCCGCUUACUCCGCCGUCUCCCGGUCACCUUGCUGCUAUCGUGGGGGUUCUUCUCAAUGCUCGGGUACAUGGUCAUUCUGUACUCCCUGUCCGACUUCGCAAAGUCGAUAGGAUUAAGUCCUUCCAAAGCGGCCUCGGUGACUGCGCUGUUGAAUCUGGGAACGAUGGUGGGACGGCCCUGCGUCGGGCUCCUGUCAGACCGCUACGGCCGCAUCGAAGUAGCUGGCCUGGCUACACUCACGACCUCUAUAACAGUUUGGGCAUUCUGGCUCCCCGGUAGUUCGUACCCUCCUCUCGUCAUCUUCGCCCUCACAAACGGCGGGAUCCUAGGCGUGUUUUGGAUGACGAUUAGCCCUCUCUGCGUCGAAGUUGCCGGCCUGCCCGAACUCCCCUCCAUGCUUGCCCUCGCUUUCGGAACGAUCAUCUUGCCAGUAACUUUUGCAGAGGUCAUAGCGCUCAAGCUACGACGCCCGGAAAACGGGCGAUGGGCUUACUUGUAUCCGCAGAUAUGGGCAGGGCUUAUGUAUCUCGUUGCUAGUGCGCUGAUGUUGGGGCUUUGGUGGGUCAUCAGACGGAGGAAGCAGAAAGAUAGGGAAUGAGUAGAUGGAUAAGGAAAGAAAGGGCAGGUACAUGUUGAUUAGAAAGUUAAC